AUGACCACCAUUCCCCGCGGGAUGGCCAUGCCGCCCCUCACGCCCCAAGACAUCACCACCUUCCUCUACACCUACUUCAAAGCCGAAUACGCCCCGAUCCGUUCCUUCUUCUCCACCGCCACCGCCAUCCCCACCCACCCCGGCCGCUGGGUCGCCAUGGGCACCGAGCUGUCCCCCACCGUCUUCCGCCCCGCCAACGCGCAGGCCCAGAAAGACCUCGCCACCCUUGACGACUACCUCCGCCUGCACGGGCUCGACGCGACCUUUGUCCACGGGCUCAUCGUGCGGUAUGCGCGGUUCGACCUGCACGAGCGGCUUGAGAAGAAGCUGUAUGAGAGCUGUCGCGAGGAUCUGAUGGUGCGGAAGGCGCUGAAGGAGAAGACGCUGAUGGAUGCGCUGUGGCCGACCUACGCGAAAAGCCCGGCGGAUCUGGUGGAGCAAGGGAGGAAGGUACGCGCGUGGUAUGGGGAUAUGUUUGCGAAGUAUUUCCGGUACUUACACAGUUUGCAAGAUUAUAAGCUUCGGCUGGAGGUGGAGGAGAGGAUGAGGAGGACGCCGCAGCUGAACCUGGUGCCGUUUGUGGAGCAUCUUGUCAACGGGCCUGUGGAGGCGGUCAUGCCAGUUGCGGCAACGGGGACGGGCGUCGUGCUGCCUAAGUCGAGUGUCAUGGAGGGUGUGAGGCCGGAGGGGAGGGCGGAUAGGUUUGAGAUUCGGUUUGAUGCGCCGCCGUAUCUUUCGGAGACGCAGACGAAGAGUGUG